GCUGGUUGACGUAACAUUGAAUACAUUCUGAUAUACAGAUCAUCACAUCUUUUUGUUAAAUAUAAGGUCCUAUAAAAGGAAUUCUAUUUUCAUUUCAAAAUAAGGAGUCUUAGAAAUUGUAGAAGAAGCCAUUGUGUUUAUUAUUUAUUUCUAUAGGUCACUAGUGUUAAUAUAGUAAAAUGGGACUGACAAUAUCGAGUGUUUUCACAAGACUUUUCGGCAAGAAACAAAUGCGUAUUUUAAUGGUUGGCUUAGAUGCCGCCGGUAAAACUACAAUUCUUUACAAGUUAAAACUUGGUGAGAUUGUCACUACUAUUCCAACUAUUGGAUUUAACGUUGAAACAGUGGAAUACAAAAACAUCAGUUUCACGGUUUGGGAUGUCGGUGGUCAAGAUAAAAUUAGGCCUCUCUGGCGUCAUUACUACCAAAACACACAAGGACUUAUAUUUGUUGUUGAUUCAAGUGAUACAAAGAGAAUUGUGGAGGCUGAAAAUGAACUGGCUAACAUGCUUAAAGAAGAUGAAUUGAAAGAUGCCGUUAUCUUGGUCUUUGCUAAUAAACAAGAUAUGCCUAAUGCGAUGACAGCAGCUGAAUUAACAAAUGCUCUUAAUUUAAACAACCUUAGAAACCGCCGUUGGUAUAUCCAAGCAACUUGUGCAACACAAGGUCAAGGUCUCUACGAGGGAUUAGACUGGCUCUCCAAUGAGCUAGCAAAGAAGUGAAACAUCUUCUUAAGCAGUCGUGGGAUCAAGUGACAUUCCCAAAAUGACUGAAUCCUUUCCAUAAUGAAAAUGCAGUUCCAGUAAUACUGGAUACUAAAGACUACUAUAUCUAAUUAUAUAACAUUUAUAUAUUUAAUGGUCUUUUUCCACAGAAUUGUUAACUAUAUACUUGCAUUUGAUACAUAUAUUCUCAUCCUGAUAAUGCAAAUGUCUUAAAUGUAAUCAAGAAACUAUAAUCUUUUGAAAUUUAAAAUAUAAUGUUAUGUAUGUCAAUGGAUUUCCUGAAAACCAAUAUAUAAACUUAAAUAUAGUAUCUAAUUGUUUUUAUUUAUCUGUUCAACAUUAAAAGGCUUUCCUUGUUUACCUUAUCAUUUGAUAAUUCUAAAAUGUACAUGUCUUUAAUAAUUGUUGGCAUGUGGAAAAAGGCCCACAUUUUAUUUAUGUGUAAUUUUCAAGUAAUGUUUCUUAUUUUAGUGGUUUCAAGUUUUGAUUAAUUUUUAGUAAUUUAAUUCUAAGUGUGAUGAAUGUUUACAACAGAAAAUUUGCAGGCCAUUGACAAACAUUCAUGGGACUUUUUAGUUCAUAGUGUAUUUAAAUAGUUCUUUUAUUUCGUUUUUAAUUUGAUUUAAUAGUUUUAUGCACUUUUCAAAUAAUAGUGUUACACCAAUAAUUGCUUUAUCAUUGUAAGUUUCUGGUUGUUUGAUAUAUUGCAUAUAUUGUUUAUUAGUUUUGUGUCAUAUUCUCUUAUCUUGUCUCUUAUCCAAUGCUUAUAUCUGCCGUGUUGUAGUUUUCGUAAUUUAUAACUACAUUUUUGGGGUAUAUUUUAUAGCACUAUCUUAUAUUUAAUAACAGAUUUUAGUAGACAAUAGACGACUUUGAAUACAUAUUUUAUAUUCUUUACUUUAAUUUUGAUUGCUUUUUUUUAUGAUUAACUGAAAUAUCAAUAUGCACAAUAAAACACUACAUGUUAAGGUUUCCACAUAUAUUUAUUAAAAAUGGAUGUAUAUAUUGUCAAAUGUCCUUUCGGCCAAAAAUUUAAUAAUUUAUUGGUAUUGUAAUUGUGAUUAUGCGAAUUCUGCUUGUAAAACUCCUGUUCCAUAUAUUGGAGAUGCAUUAAAGUGGUAAAUAAAACGCUAGGUGUAAAUAAAAA